GCCAUCUGCAAAUGAUUGCUAGCUUGCACGGGGAGGGGGUACAUAGUGUCCAAUGUUUCUCCACAGAGCUGACUUGAACCUUUCUCCUGGAACAAAACGAUUCCCACUGAGAUAGCUAAGAGUCGCUUGUCCUCUCUCGGAGAGGAGCUGGAGGUGGACUAGGGGAACACAAUAAUGAUCAACACCAUGGAAUGCGCAGUGGACGCGCAGAGCCUGAUCUCCAUUUCCUUAAUGAAGAUCCACAACUCCAGGACGCAGAGAGGGGGAAUCAAGCUGCACAAAAAUCUGCUGGUCUCCUAUGUGCUGAGGAACGCCAGGCAGGUCUACAUCAAGGAGAAAUACGCAGAGAUUUAUCGGAUGCAGCAGUACGAGGAGGUGAUGACGGUCUGCAACGAGAUCCAGGAGCUCAACCCGCUGGACCUGGAAGCAGAGGACGCCGACGACGAAGAGCAGGCGCGGGCUGUUUGCUGCGACGAAGAGGCGAGUCUGUGCGGCUCUGCGUGCCACCGAGAUGCGGCGCAGCCAGCGGCGCACGCCCGGACAGCGAGCGUUCUCUCCGGCUGCUCUCCCCUCGAGGACGUCAGAAAGGAACCGGAGCCUUCAUACUACCGAAGCUGCUGCAUGGAGGCUUCCCCCGUGUCACACUGUGACCAGUUUACUGCAAACAGCAGCGCGCACUGCAACAAAACCACAGUGCUGGACUUGGACACUCAUGUGGUGACAACGGUGGAGAACGGCUACCUCCACCAGGACUGCUGCUGCGACGCGCUCCAGUGCGGUCAGGGCGCGCAGUCUCCGGCGAAGAAACGAAAGGUUGAAUUCAGUUGUUGUAUAUCUGAUCCCGAAGAAGUAUCGGAUUUUACAGCGGCUCGCAAAAGGGCGAAACGCGAGGACUGUUCCUACUCCAGCCCGGACUACACGGACACUUCCAACAUCUCCAACCUGAUCUCCAUCUUCGGCUCGGGGUUUUCAGGGCUGUUGAGCAGACAGACGGACUUGGAACAGAUCUGUAGCAAACAGGUCCUGGCAAAUCUGGGGGCAUGGACCCGGGCGAUUGUGGCAUUUUGAAUCAAACACUUUAUUUUAAGGGAGACCGGGGUCAGUUGUUAGCAUGUUUUCCCAUAAAAAAAUAUUGGUAAACAAACCCAGUGCAAAACAAUUUUUCCACUGCCAGUUUGUUUGGGAACAUUUGAGCUCAGCAGAAUGUUCCUGUUAAGAAAGAAGCAUUCACUGUUGUCCGAGAAAGUUUACCUAUCUACAACAUUUGGUCCAAAAAAAGAAAAGGUAGAAUUUGGGGGGAACGUUUCGCCUCACACCUACAGGGAACAUUCAGCAAACGGUUUGCGGUCCAGUUUGUUUUAGGGAACAAGAUUUAGGGAACAAAUUUGUCACCACUGCUUUGGUAAAAUUAUACACCAAAUUCAUUAACUUAUCACGUAGUGUGGUACAAUGGAGACCCUCUUAACUUCUUUUUUUUUUUAACACUACAAAUGUUCUGUUUUUGGCAAAGAACUGUGAACAUUUCGUGAAAUCAGUUUCAGCAUGUGUUACAAAUGUGUCACAGUGAAAUACCAUGUGCUAAAAUCACAACUCUGACAUUAGCUAGCCUCGGUACAUACCUGUGGCAAAAAAAAUAAAAAACAAUGGCAAUUUCAAAAUGUACAGAAGAUAAAAGUACCAAGAAUUAUACCUCAGAUCAUGCAUUUGUCUUAACAAACCAUCAACAGCAUAUCUCAGCAUGCGCCCAUGGGGUGUGCACUGGGUGACAUCACUCAUACCCAUUUCUGAUUGGAGGGAAUAUAAAUGUUUAAACUAAACCCGGUCUCCCCUUCAAGGUCUAAAUCAACUUUAUUUUUGCAGGAAAAAGAGAAGCUAUUUAAAUGAACAUUUUAAUGACAAUAGUUUUGGCAGGGAGAUGAAAGAGUUUGUGCCAUAUAUAUCAUGUACAGGCUCUCCUGUUUUCAGAAUGGGAGAUGCACGUCUACAGAGUACACUUUUGUGACUGAUGAAAUGGAUUGACUUCUGUUGCCUUAUAUCCAAUGCACACUACUGCUAGCUAUUGUCAUAAAGUGAAAAUGACUGAAUGUCUCUUCUGUCCUGAGCUGAGGAGCAUUUUGGAAAAACACCAUCUCCGGUUUGAAAUGGACCUUGCACAUUCUGAGCAGUUUGUUGUCAUGUGAAACACCACAUUCAAGACUAGCUCCUAAACACUUCUGAGGUACAUGGACUGAACCAGCUCAUAUCACUUAAUGGAGUGCGAACACUUAAAUUCUGUAACACUUUUGGGCUAUUGUUGUGGUCAUAACUUCACCUCCAGUCCCAGUGUGUGAUAGUAAACAGUUUGGGUUAUUUUGGCAGUUUGACAUCCUCUCUUAAUCGUGGUUGUUGCUCAUAACUUUCACAGCAAUUCAUAAUUCCAACAUGGUCUUGGUUUUGUGAGUUUGACUUUGUUUUGUAAAAGAAUGAUCUUAGUCCUUUUGUUUUAAAAAGGCAAACUCAUGAUUUAGCCAUAACCUGAGAAUCCACGCAUUAGCUUUAUGAGCACUAUGUGUACCAAAAUAAAGAGAGUAUUCAGCCAUUCUCUACAUAUUUUGUUGUUAUUCUUGUAUUUUUGUGCUUACUAAAUUGUAUAUCACCGGGUAAAACUGUUCCAGAAAAUAUUUGUUAAAAAUUUAUAAUCUUAAUAAAAAAUGAAAACUUUAA